AUGGAGAGGAUCGUCUUCAGAGUGAUCAUCGUUGCAGGUGCCUGCUGUUUGUCUGCUAAACACGUCUUUAUCCAAAACGGCCUUUCUUGGGCUGAAGCUCGAGCACACUGCCAAAACGUUCACGUUGACCUUUCAUGUCUCACCAGUGAAUCGGAAGAAAAGCUGUUCAGAUUGUCUGUGGAUGAGAGCAAGAGAGGAUGGAUCGGUGCAUACUGGGACGCAAACUUCCAAAUGUGGAAAUGGUCAGAUGGAGAAAAUGUCACCUAUGACAACAAUCUGGAUUUAUCAUACAGCGGUGGUACUUCACCACCACACCUGAGAGAUAAUGUCCGUUGGAAAAACGAUGGAUGGGAAUGGGACGACGGUGGUCAUAAAAAUGAUUUCUUCUGUUUUACGCUGACUCUGGUGCAGGAGGAGAAGACCUGGGAGGAGGCUCUGGAGCACUGCAGUGAAAAACACUCUAACUUCACCAGCCUGCUCUCUGAGACCGAGAAUAUUCUGGCAACAAAGGAGAUCAGUCAGACGAGUGUCACUGAGCGGGUGUGGAUCGGUCUGCGUUACCUUGAAGACAGCUGGCUGUGGGUGAACGGUGACCCUCUGAUGUACCAGGCCUGGUCUCAAGGAGGAGAUCAACUGUGUCCAAUGAUGAGACGCUGUGGAGCUUUAACCAAAGAUGGAGCAUGGGAGAGCCGGGACUGUCUGGAGAAACUCCACUUCAUCUGUGCCUGAAUGAGACCGGUGAUCAGAGAGGAAAAGAAAUCGGUUGAAACAAACAGACAUUUUUACUCUUAUGACUUUCAAAGUUAGUAAUAUUACCUGUUAUGUAACAUACAAAUAAUACUUUGAGUUGCAGUCAUAAGUUGUGAAGCACCAAAGAUAAAUGUUGUCCAUAUAAUUAGUCCAAUCUAAAAAUGGGAAAUGUGACAAAUCAAAUUUACAAUAUUUUCUUAUUCUUAUCGGUUUUUUAGUUGUUAAUUGUUAAGCAGA